UCGGAAGUGCGCUAUCGGUUCUUGAUGUUUUGAAUCGAUCUUCGCUGCAGUAGGAGGCCUCGGUAAUUCCCCCGAGAUCACAGGCAUGCAAUUUGCGGCGUCGUGCGGGUCAAUCUCGCACGAAGCUGGCAUCGUAGCCGCCUCGAAAUCGAACAUCUAAACGAGCGAUCGCAUCGCCGUAAUGGCCGCAACGUGCAUCUAUGUCAAAAUCCCAGGGCUCUUUUUACGCGCUGAUUUGACGCUAUGAUUACACCGACAGACGAAUGGAACUCUGAAUUCCUUGCGCAAUCCCUGAGUGACUGUUUGAGUCCGCACGAUCUCAACCUGAAUCUGUACAACUUCGACAAAGUCGAUGCGUCGAACUGUCCGUACGUGCUCACGAGCCCGCGGUCGUUGGAAGCUUGCGCCAACCAAGGCGUCAAGCCGGUCGAGCUUCUCCCAAAGCUGCUGGAUGAGUUCAGGGAUGAGCUUCCUCAAAGCACGCCUCUGGAAGAGAUCAAGAGGCGGUACAAGCAGUACGAGCUCGCUCGCACAAGAAAACUGGAGAAAUGCCGCAAGGAGCGGGACUACAUCAUCCGGACGGAGAAGAUGCGCCAUCGCUCACAGUCCCUCUCCCCCAAGGGAAGGAGGCUGCAGAUUCUCGAGGAACCGCAGCUGGAAGUGGUCCUUUCAUCAGACGAGGACCAGUGUGCAAGCAUCACAACCCUGGAAGACUCGACGACCGUGACCCCGUGCGAGGAUGCUUCAUCCACGCGCGGUGCCGACUCCCAGGACACCACAGAUCUGUCUAGUGCCACAACCACGACGCGCGGCGAGGGGGACUCGAGCGGAGACGAGGGGGGGCCCCUGGCCACAUCUGGGGUCAGUGCAUCAUCUGCGAAGAGGAAGAAGGGGUCUGGCUCCAGACCCACCAGCAAGUCGACCCCGACGUCUCCCUUCCGGCGGCCCUCCCAGCUGGUGCCUAUUCCCACAACGUCCCCACUUCUCAAGUUGGUGGAUAAUCCCAGGGCAAAGACCAAGCUGCCUAUCAAGGACAUGAAGCUGCUGGAGCUGAUGCUGAGGCGGCGAGAGCAGGAGGACAGGGAGGCGGAGGAGAGGAGGUUGGCGCACCGGGCCUGGGACCUGGAGCGAGAGCAGCGUGCCAAGAGCAAUAAGCGGUGGCGUCGCUCCCAGCCCAUGACGUCGAGCAACAGCUGCGAGCUCCUGGACAGUGGGUCCUGUUCGAGCUCUAAAACACCCGAGGAGAAGAUGCCGUCCCAGGUGUUUUCCCAUUUGGCCGAGAUGAAGCAGUGUCUGGAGCAGGCCUCUCAGAGGCAGCUCCAGCACUCCAAGCAAAAGUUGCGUGAGCUGCAGCACGAGCAGGAGGAGCUGCAGCGGCAGAGGCACAUGGAGAUGGAGCGGGCGUACCGGAGGCAACUGGAGGAUCGCAUCCGGCAGAAGGAGGCCCUCUUCGCCGAGCGCAAGCGGCAGCGCUGUGCAGAGAAGGAGAGCGUGCUGCGGAAGAGCGCGGAGGAGCUGGAGGAGAAGCUCGAACAGGUGCGACUGAACCAGCGGGAAAUGGACAGCGCCUUGGACAUGUGGCGGGAGCGGGUGGCAGACUACCAGGAGGCAGCUAACCUGAGGGCCCGCCAGAGGGCGCAGGAGGCGCUCGAGUUCAAGAAGCGCAUCGCCCAGCACGAGCGGCUCCUGAGGCAGGCGGAGCACCAGCGCAACAUGCACAGGGUGGAGAUGGAGGAGAGCAUUCGGCUGCAGUCCAUGAUGGAGAGGCUGAGGGAGAAGGAGGACAAGAGCCGCCUGCACGCCCAGGAGAAGCAGCUCUUCAUCGAGCAGUCUCGGGCACUGGCCAAAGCGACGGCGGCUCUUCGAGAGCAGCUCAGGCUGCAGACGGACCGGAGCGUUUACGUGAGGCGUCCCCGCUCCAACCUGUCUGCUUCGUCCAGUGUCAACUCCAAUCUCGUCAAGAGGUCAAAGUCAAACGAGGACAUACUGAAGUGAGGUUGGAUACCUCUUUGGCCGUCUCCCGAUCCAGCAAGCCUUCGUCUUGCCCACGUUGCCAGGGACGGCGACACUGGGCCGACUUUGGAGGGGUUUCCGCCGUCGAACGCCCAUCUCGGUGCCGUUGUCUUCGUCCAGUCGACUGUUGCGACCACCGGGGCAGAUGUUGCUCGCCGAGGGCUGCGCCAGCAUUUCGAAUCCAGUUGAGGCGUUUCCUUUUGGUCUUUUGCAGACUCUCGUGUGGGUCUUCAGUAAAGCACAGGUCAGAGCCCUGAUCUUUUAGGUUGACUGAACUGUAAUGGCUUGAUGGGGUUAGACAACAGGUAAGACGGCUGGAAAGCUGUCCUCUGCAUCUUCUUUAUCUCGACUGAUGCUGAUUUAUUUGGGGUAGGAACCUGUUCAAAGCUCUCUUGUUUUACGGUGCAAUAGCAACGGUGGCCAUACUGAAAGCUGCCUGUUAACAGUCGAUUAGGAAAUGUUAAAUGUUGAUUCCACGGUACCAGUCUUAUUUAUAUUGCGGUGAAAGAUGUGUUCACCACUUAAGGUAACCUUGUUUAGCUAUGGAGGUGAGUGCAUACCAAUGCCCAUUGUAAUUUAAGGUGUGCUCAGGCGCAAUACAAACUUGUUUCCUUCUUCUAUUGUCUCCCAACAUAUCUAAAUAUUGAAUAAUUAGUUUUCACACCCUUCUUCUGCAUAAAAAUAUAAUUAAAAAUAGGCACUCUUGUUU